AAAGUCAAACUGAUGCCUGAUGUCCGCUUUCUGGGAAUCUGAUAAUGGCAGAGCUGUUUCUUUUGGGGGAAUCCCAAGAGGAUUUCUCUUGCAACAAAAAAAUCCCCCCUUGUUGUUUUUCUGGGACGAACAUAACGAUGCUGUUCUGCUGUUUUUCCCAAGUUCCUCCUCCAGAUGCAGUUGCUUGGCUGUGCCAAACUCCGGGAUUCACAGAGCUCGCAGAGAGGGCUCAUCUUUUAGCAAAAGGUUUAAAGGCAUAGAACUGUUAAAAAAGAGCCGUGUUCAUGUGAGUCGUUGUUGGAAUCUUUGUGCUUCCAAGUGGAAAAGGACACACUUCGACCAGGGGAAAAGGGAAAGGCUUUCAGGCAUAGCUCCUAGAACUUCCCUGCUCUCAUGGCCAACGUUGACAGCCUCCAGCCAGGCCCAGGGGUGCAUUGGGAGGCAGCUGGCAGGUUGCUCCCCAGGAAAGGGGUGCUGUGAGCAUUUUGUGUGUUCAUUGGGAGCGUGGGGAAUCCCAUCUGCUGGCAGCAGGUACAUCCUGACCACCUGCGGUAGGGAGGGAAGCCGGGAGCUCUUUGCUCAAAGGCACUGUUUUGCCCCCUGCCUCCCCCCAAACAUUAUUUCUACAGUAACAUUUUCCUGUCGUUUUAGUUCUCUGAACAUGUCCCAGAAGGAUCCCUGCCAGAAACAAGCCUGUGAAAUACAGAAAUGCUUGCAAGCGAACAACUACGUGGAGUCUAAGUGUGAAGCUGUGCUUCGAGAGAUGAGGAAGUGCUGUGCCCGGUACCCCAAGGGCAGAUCCAUCUGUUGUUCAGGUUUUGAGAAAGAAGAGAGAGAAAAGCGUAAAGCUACUUCAGAAGGAAUUCCCCCACCACCUCAGUAAUACAAAGCAGCUCCAGCAGGUGCCAGAGCAUGGACUCACCUGCGGAGACCAGGUGUGUGUUUUUGAGCCUUCUCUAGACUUUCUGGAAAGCCAGAGGGCUCCUAGAACACAUCACCCCGUGCACCAAAAAGCAUAACGCAGUACCAAGAGAUGGCCUGGUUAACAGACUUUAUUUUCUGUACCAAAACAUCAUCUACAUUGUCCUUGCAUUGCAUCUGUGUCUGUGAAAAAUCAAUCUGAUGUGUUUAGAAUGCUUACCUUACUCUAACCCAUCCUUGCUCUCAAAAUGGAGGGCUGGAACCAAGUUACUGUGGCUUCUGGAGGGGGAGGUACAGGAAAUGUGCUCUUAAGAGUGAGUUUAAGUGUGACACAUGAAAACAAAGUCCAUUUUGACACAGCAAAGGUAUUGCUGCCGUCAGCCAGCAGUUCCAGGCAACAUUCACCUGUCCAGGGGUUCAAGCUCAAGAAUGGGAAUCGGGUCUGGGGUUUGUUCCCAGGUCUUGCAUAGCUCAUGGUGACCACGCGUCACUCUGCCUAAGUGCCUCACUUUCCCACUGGACAGAGUUUAGAUGACUUUCUAUUUGAAUUGCCUACACGCUGCUAUUUGCAUGACAAUAAAGAUGUUACAGGAACAUUAUUUCAGGGAUUGCUACAGGAAUAGGAUCUUUUUUUAAAAAAAAAAAAAGAAAAAGCAAUAUUCGUUUGGAAAUCCUGACUGUUGAUAUAAAAUUUAUAAAUUUCUGUAUAAUUGAAGACCUUUAAGCAAUAUGUUACCAAUCCAGCAUAUCUGGGUGUGCUGGAACCCAGAGGCCUAUCACAAAGCCCUGGGCUAGAUCCAAGAACCGAUUUAGGUGCCACUUCUGAACACACAGUUGUAGGCACCCUCUGUCAAUACAGCACUUCAGAUUCACACACACAACCCAAUCCGUCUGUGUCUGGACCCCAGGGAGAGAUGGCUCUUCAGAAACUCUCACCUGUGCAGCAGAAUUUCCUGUGACCUGUAGGAAGAGCUCAGUAGUCAGGUUCCUGCAUCACCCUUCAGAGCUGCCUCUGUCUCUCCGUCCACUGUAGCAGGAGUCCAGGCACCUCAGUGGGUGCCAAGUCCAUUGCAGGGCCCAGGCACCGAAAUACCAGACUUCGAACCCACUAGGCUCCUAACUCUGUCAUUAGAUCUAGCCGUAAAGGACUUUUGUGCUGUGAUAAUUAACUACAAAAUACAGCUUCUAUAAACAGACCACUGUAGUCUAGGCACAAUAGUUGAGUGUAUUGAAGCCUAGAAUGGCAAACCAUCUGUACCUGCUGCUCUGAAAUACCAUAACACAAAAUAAAUGACUGGAACAAAUCGCCGUCUGAGUGUGGUUGUUUACUGAGAGCACAACACAGCUGUAAGCUGGGCUGCUUGGCUACGUGUGAUAUCAUCAGGUUGAAAUAGAAGCUGCUCAGUAUUUUUAUAACUGGGACUCAGGCUCAGAUUAACUCAGGGAUAGCCCUGCCCUCCCACCCCACAAAAAAUGACAGUGACAAAAUGGGGGUGACAGGGCAGGUGGUAUGCUUGGAAAGUGGAGGAAAAGGAUGACAACGAUGAGAAGCAGCUCUAACAUUUCACAAGUGGCUCAUUUUUCCCUCCUGCCCUAUCCAAGUAGGAGCAGUGGGAAGAAAAUCACUACUGCACAUCAAACAGAGUUGUUCGGGCUUCUGUUGCACCUACUUAAAGGAAACCUUUGUCUCCGUGCCCAGUUCUGCUCAGGUGGAACAAACUUGGUCAGCUGUGAGGGAGAGAUGAGGACAUGCAGGUUCCCGAGGAGCAGCAGCAGAUCUCACACAGAAAUUAAAGCAAAACCAUUUAAUAAAAUAUCACUUCAACAAGCAUUUACAUAUAAUAUAUAAAAAGACUUUAAAAAGCCUAGUGUGUUUUAAACCCUCCCGUGCUGGCACGGAUGCCAGAAGUGGCUGACACAAAACAAAAGGGACGUGUGUGUCGGAGGGGUGGGGGGAAGACCUCAUCUUGGCACCUGCAAUAACAGAAAUGCAUCCCCAGAGGCUGAUGGGGCACCAGAACUCGCAGCGUGGGCACACAGCAUCCACCACCAGCCACGAGUCUCACACUGGCACAGCAGGAAGAUUUGCCAGCUCCCAACUGCUCCCUGCCCACCUUCACAUCCAACAGAAUUUGCCUGAACUGCUCUCUUCCCCUUGCAGCAGUUACUGAGAUCUUCUGGCUCCCUCUCUGGGCCAUUCCUCUCUGCAGCAGCAGAUGAGGACCCCAUGGAGCAGAAUGCAAUACCUCCCACCCUGGGCAGUGCCUGAGCAGAGGCUGGAGGGCAGCCCUAAGGCCUGUUAAUGAUUUACCUUCAUUUUGUCCCUGGAGAAAGGUUUGUAAAGAACAGUGCAUGCCAGUUGGGUUACUCAACACACCAGGCAGAGGGGAAGCAACACUUCCCCUACAGGAGCAAGAGAUACUCUGCGAUACAAAUGUAUUGAUUCACACACAUUCAGCUAUGCAGGUUUACUACAAACACCUGCUUUUUUUUUUUUUUUGUCACUCCACUCCCAAGCAUGAAUUUCUUGAGGACCUAUCUGCUGCAUCACUUCACUCCUGCAGCCCAUGAUGGCUUUCCUAAAAGUUGUCAUUAAAAGGAUGUGAGCCCAGCUGCUCCUCCCUUCACCCCAGGAGCAGAGAUACCAAUUUCUGCUUCUUGACUGCCUGCAGGGUGAGAAAAGCACCAACUAGAUCAAAGUGUUGCCAGAAUCACACUUCAAUCAGAGGCAAAACAAAGCUAAUGGCUGUCAGUGCUCAUCCCAAAACCUCUGGAGGCUGAACCCACAUUUCCAGCCCUCUUAGCAGCUCUCUGGGGACGAGUCCCCCUUCUACCCACACCAGAACGGCAUCUGAGAUGGGCUGCAGCCAACAGGAGCACAUUCUGGUCACUCACACACACCGUUGUUCUCCAGCUUGUUCCCUGUGAAGGGUGUGCUGACCCACAUAAAAAACAUUCUGGGGAAGAACACCUAUCUGUACCUCCUGAAGGAAAUCACCCCGAGGUCAUUCAAGUCCUCACACUCUGCCAAGUGCUAACGCCAAUCCAGCAUGGCCAUUGCAUAACACCUCUAAGAUACACAGAUUUCAUUUUUCUUGUGGGUUAGAGUUCUGCUCUGCACACAACUGUCCCAAGAACAGCUGAGCCCUGCACCAGGCUACUGCUGUCAGAAAUAUACAAGGGGAUUAAGCAAGCAGCUUUUUUUUUUGGGGGGGGGGGAAUGGGGGGAAA